AUGUCGAGUAGCUACACUCCAGGCGGGCGCCAUAUUUUUGACUAUCUAAACGUCGUCCGGCGAGACGAGAACAGCUUUGACGACUUUGACCCCAAUGAUCUUGCCCAGUACACCGAGGCCAAGUUCUUUGACUUUGACAUGGGCCAACCUAGUGACGACCUCGACCUUGAUCCCAAAAAGGAGAACGGGGAUGUUGCAGCGACUACAGCUGUUGGAGGAGAUAUGGGACUAAAGACAGUGGAUAUGGACUUCUAUGCAGAUUUUGACAACUUUGAUUUCCAAAGUCUCACCACCGGAGGCGUAGUGGAACCAUUGCAGCACCAGCAGAUGCAGCCCGCCAUUCCCCUGUCAGUCCCCACUCCCACUGUCGCUGCGGCCGCCCCGCCCAAUCCCCACUCUGCCGCCUCCAAUGCCGGCACCCCAUACACUUCUACCUCCUCCCCAACACCCUCCACACCCCGGCCCGCAAAGCGAAAAGCCUCGAGCGAGCCAGAUAGCUUGGAGGAAGCCUCCCGACUUGCGGCCGACGAAGAUAAGCGUCGCCGCAACACGGCAGCAUCAGCAAGGUUCCGAGUCAAGAAGAAGCAACGGGAGCAGGCACUUGAGCGUACUGCGAAAGAGAUGACCGACAAGUGCUCCCUCCUAGAGCAGCGUAUUAACCGCCUCGAAAUGGAAAAUAGGUGGCUCAAGGGCCUAAUUGUUGAGAAAAAUAACGCGCCUGGCGAGGAUGAUCCAAGUGUGCUUUUUGCGGCCAAGUACUCAUCGGCUGCCGUUACAAGUACGGGCGAGUGCAAGGAUGGUGUUGGGACUGCUUAG